GGAUAAAGCCCCAACAUACAAAAACACGAAGGGUACAACUCAUAAGCAGAGAUGUACAGCUCUUAAUUCGCUUCCCUAGUGUAUACAUACACACAUUCUCAUUCACCUCUCUCUCUCUCUCUCUCUCUCUCUCUGGAGUCUGUGUCGGUGUCAGAAGCAACCCCACCGUCAGAGCAACCACAUCGUUCCUUAAGAUCCACACAUUCACGCGCUCGUGUGAAUAAGCUGUUGAUGGUUGUUUCUGUUGUUCUAUGAUUGCUGGUGAAGACGAAGAAGAGGAGCGUUAUAUGAGGGAUAGUUUUCUCUUUGUUUUUAACUGUGAUUCGAGGCGUACGAGGUCGGACUGCUCCUUUUCCAUACGAAGUCGAGGUGGAUGGGGCAAAUGCGGUUGAGUUUUGUGUAAUUUCGUGGGGGAAUUGUAGUUGGGUUACUUCUUUCAAUUUUUGCAUUUGCUGAAGAUUAUUUUUCUUGGGUUUUAGACAAUGCAGUCGGAUCACCGAAAGAAGAGUUCAACAGAAUUAGACUUCUUUUCUGAGUAUAGUGAGGCAAGCAGGUAUAAAAUCCAGGAGGUCGUAGGAAAAGGAAGUUAUGGAGUUGUUUGUUCAGCAAUUGACACUCGUACCGGUGAAAAGGUGGCAAUAAAGAAAAUUCAUGACAUCUUCGAGCACAUAUCUGAUGCUGCUAGGAUUCUCCGAGAGGUAAAGCUUCUCAGGCUUUUGCGGCACCCAGAUGUUGUCGAGAUCAAGCAUAUUAUGCUUCCCCCUUCAAGGAGAGAAUUCAAAGAUAUUUACGUGGUUUUUGAGCUAAUGGAGUCAGAUCUACAUCAGGUUAUCAAAGCUAAUGAUGACUUGACACGGGAACAUUACCAGUUUUUUCUUUACCAAUUGCUUCGUGCCCUUAAAUAUAUUCACACAGCUAAUGUUUAUCACCGCGAUUUGAAACCAAAGAACAUCCUGGCAAAUGCAAAUUGUAAACUCAAAAUAUGUGAUUUUGGAUUGGCCAGAGUUGCAUUCAAUGACACACCGAUGACUGUAUUUUGGACGGAUUAUGUUGCUACUAGAUGGUACAGGGCUCCAGAAUUGUGUGGCUCAUUUUUCUCGAAGUAUACACCAGCUAUUGAUAUAUGGAGUAUUGGCUGCAUUUUUGCUGAAGUGUUGACGGGAAGGCCACUUUUUGCUGGAAAGAAUGUUGUUCAUCAGCUGGACAUGAUAACCGAUGUACUCGGAACUCCAUCAAUGGAUACGAUUUCUCGGGUGCGUAAUGAUAAGGCUAGGAGAUAUCUCACAAGCAUGAGAAAGAAGCCGCCCGUUCCUUUUUCUCAGAAAUUUCCAAACGCUGAUCCAUUAGCCCUUCGGCUCUUGGAGAAGCUGCUUGCUUUUGAUCCAAGGGACCGGCCUACUGCUGAAGAGGCACUAGCUGAUCCAUACUUCAAGGGAUUGGCCAAAGUCGACAGAGAACCAUCCUGUCAGCCAAUUUCGAAGAUGGAAUUCGAAUUCGAGAGGCGGAGAGUCACAAAAGAGGACAUUCGGGAGUUAAUAUUCCGCGAGAUACUAGAAUACCAUCCUCAGCUGCUGAAGGAUUACAUCAACGGAAUCGAGAGAACUAGUUAUGUCUAUCCAAGUGCUGUCGAUCAGUUCAAGAAACAGUUUGCUCAUUUGGAAGAAAAUAGUGGCAAAAGCUCGCCAGUGAUUCCUCUUGAAAGAAAGCAUGUAUCCCUUCCUAGGUCUACCGUUGUACAUUCUGGUCAAGCAGCCGUUAAUCCCAAAGAUCGACAGAAUGGUGAAGAAUCAUGUAGCCGGAACUCAAGAGAUUUCGAUGGGCUUCAUAGUAGUUUUCCAAGAACCUUGCAGCCACCGCAGAGAAUCCUACAAGCCAAACCAGGUAAAGCAGUCGGCCCAGUUUUUCCAUACGAGAGUUCAAACGCCACGAAAGAUGCUUACGAUGCAAGAACUCUAACACGAAUGGGCGUCGCUCCUCCCCCUAUCCCACCGACACAUUGUUACUAUAGAAGCAGCAAAGACAAGCCGGAGAGGCCAGCAGCUGAGACUCAGAAAAACUUGUCACCUCAGAUGACGAAGCAAAUACCCAACUGCGUACUAGCUUCCAAUGUAGCAGUAAACAUGGAGAGCAAUCCUUUCUACAUGACUCGGGCUGCAGUGAUGAAGCUUGAUCAUGUUCACGACAGAGUCGUGGUUGACACAAAUCUUCUGAAGACCAAAGCCCCGUAUGGUGAGCUUGGAGCAGCGGCAGCAACAAACGCCAAUGCAGCUGCACACAGAAAUGUAGGUAGUGUUCAGUAUGGUAUGGCGAGGAUGUAUUAACACGUGUUUAACGUUAAGAGAGUGAAUCGUUCAAGCUGUUGCACCUUAUCGCUGUUCGGGGGCGUCCGUCAUGUACAGUAGGGGGCGGCGUUUAGGGCAGUUGAAGCAACACUAGGGCUUCUAUGCAUGAAGGAUGAAGCUUUGAUGUGACUCUCUCCCUUCUCGAAAGAGAGCUGAAUAAUACGAUUGUAGCAGGUUAUAAAGCUUCACCUUAUUUUGUUGGUGAAUCUUUUAGCCAAUGUUAUUUUGCAGCUGAUUUUGAAAAGCGUUCUGAGCGGCGUAACGAUAAAAAAAUCGAUAGUUAAAAGUAAGAAUUCGAUCGUUAAAAUGGCUUUUAAAUUAAUGAUCGAUUUGAGGUGUCU